AUGGAUAAGUUCAAGAAAUCAAAUGAAACUCCAAUAUCUGAGAGCCCUAAAAGCGAACAUUUUUGGUUGGCUUCUGGUUCUGCGGUGAAUGAUGCCAGUUUUCUUCCCGGAGAGUGCUUAGCUAACGCCCAUUCAGACGACGAGUUGCCUGCCAUGCCCGAUAUGGUUUUCGAUCCUUCCUCUAUUCGAGAUGGCACACCUGAGGAAAAUAACCUUCUCAUGGAAGAUGAUGCUCCUUUGUGCAGUGUGAUUGAAGAACCUGAACCCUCGCAUUCUUCGUCGAAGAAACCUAUGGCUGCUGUAUUUCGCCUUCCCACUAGCAAAAAGAACCGUAGUCGUAAGGAGCCCCUUCGCUUGUCCACGCCCACCAUUGGAGAUGAGCUUCCUCAUUCUUUUUCACCGCCGGAAGAGACGUCUCUUUUUUCAGAUCGUCAAGUUGACAAGUCUAGCAAAGUCCAAAUUUCAAACCAUGCCGAAAAAAAGGUCAAAAAAUUGAAGCAAUCUAAGUCUAAUGUUAAAAAUCAAAUCGAUGAUGAGAAGGCUAAAAGCAAGGCGAUGAAGAAAAUUGAGGAGGCAGCAGGUGUUCUUGAAUUUCCCCUCAAAGUUACCAACAAAAAGAAGAAACUGAAGAAGAAGCACAAAAAGAAAUGUGGUGAACCUAUAUCCACUGAACCCAUUGUAGAUAGAACGUUAAUUGGAGUAUCGCUUGAGACUGCAUUGGAAAGAAAUCCCAGUCAUGAUGGAAUUCCUUUACCGGCCUUCUUUCGCUACUUAAUUGAUUUUGUGGAGAAGUAUGGCCUUGCAAUUGAGGGUAUCUACAGGGUAGGUUCCAGGAGUCAAUUCCCAAGUUAA